AUGUUUAGGGAUGGUCUAUCGAUCAGCGACAUCGGGCUUAAUGUCUGCUUAGUGAACCUUCAUUUAGGCUUUUCAGUGAGAAAAUUGACGAGAUUCGGGCAGUGCCUUGAUUCCAGAUUGCACGGAUUCAAGGGGGGCAAGUCCAAGUGGCCGCUUCACGUGGAUUUGGCGUCUUCGACUACCGGAAAGAGUCAGAUUCUUCAUAUGGCUUUUAUUCCGCUCAACAGAGCUCAGAAUGAAGAAAAGAGCAACGCGGUCCGGUCAACGAUAAGUCCAUGCAGUCCUCCCGGACUCGUAGGAAAGUCCCUAGGGCAAAGAGCUAGACCAACGCAGAAAACCCGAUGA